AUGACCGAAACAGCUGCAGAAUGGAAAGCCAAGGGUAACACGGCGCUAAGUAGCGGCAAUGCUCAAGAAGCUGUUGACUGUUAUACGAAGGCCAUUGCACUGGAUCCGAACGAUCACGUGUUUUAUUCGAACCGUUCGGCUGCUUUCUUGUCGUUAGAUGAUGCAUUACACGCACUUGAGGAUGCGGAGUUGUGUAUCAAGACGAAGCCGGACUGGCCGAAAGCCUACAGCCGCAAGGGCGCAGCGCUGCACUCACUCAAGCGCUAUGACGAGGCAACGGCCGCCUACAACGACGGCCUUAAGCUGGAUGCGUCCAACGCGGCGUGUCUAAGUGGCAUUAAAGAGGUGGAGAAGGCGCAGAUGGCGUCUGCUCAAACCUUUAACCCACUGGCAAACGCCUUUGGUCCCGAUAUGUUUGGCAAGAUUGCUACGAACCCGCGCCUUUCUCCGUUUCUGGGGGACCCGACGUUCGUCCGAGUACUGCAGGAGAUUCAAAGUGACCCGUCCAAGAUUAAUGAGCACAUUAAAGACUCCCGGGUCAUGACAGUGCUCGGAGAGCUCAUGGGGUUGAACAUCAAUAUGGGCGGCGAUAAUGAUGAGGAGAUGCCGGCAGCGACGUCAUCAUCUACACCCACAUCAGAGCCUACUCCUGUGCCGGAGCCUUGUUCUAUGGAGGAGGAUCUGACGGAGGAGGAGAAGGCCGAAAGGGCAGGAAAAAAGGCUGCAGAAGAAGCCAAACAACGAGGUAACGCGUUUUACAAGCAAAAGAAGUUCUCAGAGGCAAUCGAGUGCUACAACGAAGCGAUUGAGAACGACGCUACCAACAUGUCGUACUACAGUAACUUGGCCGCUGUGAAGCUGGAGAUGGGUCAGUACGACGCGUGCAUCGAGGAUUGCAAGAAGGCAAUUGAAGUGGGCCGUGCGAAUCGCGCCGACUAUGAGCUAAUUGCCAAAGCAUAUGUCCGUAUUGGCAACGCUUAUUUAAAGAAGGGCGAUUUGGAGGAAAACUUGACUGCGGCUAUCGACUCAUACGAAGGAGCCCAAAUGGAGAACCGCACUAAGGAGGUGGAGCGCAAGAUUAAGGCGCUGCAGGUGAAGCUGCGCAAGGUUAAGGAGCUGGCGUAUAUUGAUCCGGAGAAGGCGCUGGAGGCUAAAAAUGCGGGCAACGACUUUUUCAAGAAUGGCGAGUUCCCUAAGGCCGUGGAGCGCUACACGGAAGCCAUCAAGCGGGACCCGUCUUGUGCUGUGUAUUACGCCAACCGCGCGGCAGCAUACACGAAACUGACGUCAUUUAACGAGGCAAAGAAGGACUGUGAGAAAGCCAUUGAGCUCGACCCCAAGUAUGUAAAAGCGUACUCGCGUAUGGGCGCGAUUCAGUGUUUUAUGAAAGAAUUUCACAAGGCUCGCGAGAGUUACGAGAAAGGUCUGGCGCUUGACCCGAACCACCAGGAGUGUAUCGACGGUCUGCGGAAUGUCAUGUACAAGAUCCAGACCGGCGAUACGGACGAAGAGCGCGCGCGCCACGGUAUGGCAGACCCCGAGAUCCAGGCAAUCUUGCGCGAUCCGGUGAUGCAGAACGUGCUAAAUGAUUUCCAAACGGAUCCGGCUAGCGCCCAGCGUCACUUGCAGAACCAGGGCAUCAUGGCCAAGAUCGAGAAGUUGAUUGCCGCUGGUGUGCUGCAGACCAAGUAG